GUUCCCAGGUGAAUUAAGGAAAGUUAUUAUCUAAAAUUCAGGAUGGACCGGCUCUGUGGUAUUUUAGAAAUUGGAUAUACAGGAUUCUCAUUUAACACAAAUUAACAAUUUUGAAAUAAAGUACCUUUUUCAUACAAAACAAAAAAUGUGUUUCAUCUCAAUUUCUUCCGCUCUUUUUACAGAGAACAUAUUGAAUCAAGACCGGUUAACUCAUCAGGCAAAAAGUCUUCUCUUUGUCUAGAUAAUGGACGAGCACACCUGUUCGGCUGAAUCUCUUGUUGUCAUGAUCUGUGGGAAGAAACUUUCCUUGUAUUAAAAUUCCAGUAGGCGUGGCCUAGCUGUUGAAUGAUUGGCUGAUAACGGUACAAUGACCCCUUUGAGAAUAGUUCAGCCUAUGGCAAAUUGGAGUAGGAGGAGCUAAUAUCUACUCACGGUUAUUACAAGUGAAUAUUUAUACACGAAGUAUUCCUCGUUGUAACAUUUGCAAGCUAAGCAAGGAAAGAGCUAGUACACAGAACAAGUCGAUCGAUAUUACCAAUUCGCAGAGAAAACAUGAAAGCCAUUACUCAACCUUGUGUAAGACCAGUGGAACUUGGCAUGAAAAAGGAUUCUAUGAAAGUGAUGAAGAAAGUAGAUGAUUGUGCCGCAGAAAUGCAGGCUUGCUUCUCUAAACUGAAGGAAUUAGUGCCGUCUGUGCCACAAGACAAGAGGUUAUCCAAGACCCAGUUGUUGCAACAUGUGAUUGAUUAUAUUUUGGACUUGGAGACAGCCCUUGACUUCAACCCUGCCGUGCUGGCUGAACCUCUCCCCAGUGUUAACAGGGCUCCACUCUCGGAAAAACCUGAACCAAACACUAUUCAGGCCUUCACCCAGAUGGCAGUCUCAAUGGAUCAGGACGAAUCCUGCGAUUCGAAGUAGUGAGAAACCCUGUCUCCUUUUGCGGAUGUGAACUAACAAUCGCAUUGGAACCCAAAUUUUCCUUGCGAGUUGCCACAUUUGAUCGGAGCUUAUGAACAAAUAAAGCAUGAGAACUCCAAGGAUGAAACCGAGUUGGUCAACAUCAAGCACGACGAAAAUGCUGGUCACCUGAGGGGAAAAAGUCGGAAAAAUUCUAAAAAGCGGACACAACCUUGGUGAAAAUUCAGUAUACAGUAGUGACGUAAUAGUACCACCCCUGCCACUGGACUUCAGUGUAUAUACGUUAUGUUUUAUUUUGUCACUACGCUUACGAUUCGUGCCGAGUGGACAAUAAGUGACCAAUCCUCGGACAGAAAUCUGUACAUAGUGGACAGAAAAUCAUGAACUUGGCGACGCCGAACAAGAAUUUUUUCUCUUGUUUUAAAACUUUUUGUUAUAAUCCUGUAUAUGGACGAACAAAAUAUUGCCACCGAUUCUGUAUUAUUUUGAUUUUUUUCCUUUUUUUUUUUUUUUUUUACAAAUGUAUAUUUUUUUCUUGUUGUAUUUUUAUAAAAAUUUUAUUACAAUUCAUAUUAAAACUUUUUUCCCAAAAAACUA